AAAGCAAGGCUAAUUGGAAAUGCUGGAGGUGAGAGAUAUAACACUUAUGUGACACUGAAACUUCAAAAUGUGAAAUCGACGACAAUUCAAGUGAAAGGAAAUAACCCAAGCUGGGAGCAAGAUUUCAUGUUUGAAACCAUGAGACUUGACACUGGAUUGAUUAUUGAAGUAUGGAAUAAAGGAAUGUUGUGGGACAGCCUUCUUGGACUUCAUUGGCUUCCACUUCGAAAAAUUCACCAUUCUAAUCAGGAAGGCCAGGGAAAAUGGUUUUCCUUGGAUGGUGAAUUGAUCAUGAAGAAUGGGGAAAUUAUUGGAACUCGAGGCUCCACUGGUCACAGCAUUCUUAUUGAUGCCCGAUUUGAACUUCCCUAUGGAUAUGAAGACUGGGAAGCUGAUUGGGAAGCCAGAAAUUGGGAAGCCAGGAACUGGGAAGGUUAUGAAGAUCUUCCCGAAGUUGAAGCUGCUGAGCUGCAAAGCAAGCUUGAUGUCCUUAAUUCCAUUAUGGACCAAGAGCUUAAUCAGUAUGAUUCGAUACAAGAUCAACAAAGAAGACAGACUUACUCCCAGUUUUCACCACUUAUGGCUGGUCACAGUCUAAACUCAUCACUUAACAGUGAUGAACAUUUAGGCCAAGAUAAUCUACUCAACUGUUCGAAGGAGACAGUUGGCCGUCCUUUACCAACUGGUAUGUCCGAAGAUAGCGACUAUACAAGUGAUGUCAACUUCCCCGUGCAGCAUCAACACAACAGCUCAGCCCAUCAGUUUCGCGGAGACCAUGGAUUUCGAAUGCAGCACAAUGACAGCAAAGAGGAUUUCGGGUCAUUCGACCGCGGGUAUGAACGUGAGCCCGAUUAUUAUCAAGAUGGGGUAUAUUACCCUGGUAGAAGUGAUACUGAUUCAGAACCGCUCUACUAUAAUAGCAGACCAAAUAGUAGACCACAAUCUUUCAUAAACGAUAGUCCUGUUGACAGCCAUGUUUCUUCCUUGAAUGUAAGCAGACAAAGCACACAAGACUACAGUUGUUCCAAUGAAGAAGGAGACUAUAACAGUUGUUCCAAUGACGAAGCUGAUGAUUAUAACAGUCCUGUGAAUAGCCGAAUUUCUUCAGCAGAUGUCAGCCGACAGAGUACACAAGACUACAGUGAUGCUGCUGCUCCUCCUCCAACUGAUUUACCUUAUGAAGAGAAAGAAACAGAAAAACGCACAGAACUGCCUUCACCAGCUCGUAAUCGUUGGAUCGAUGCAAUCCAAAAAGUGUGCAGUCAGCUAGGAGACCUUCAAGACUUUGAAUGA